AACGACUUUAUCCGCCGUCGUCCGACAGCCCCGUGAGUAGCUUGGACACAAAGUCUGAGAAAGCUGACCGGAUAAGUUCUUCACGAGUGGAUCGCCUGCUCUCCUGCAGCCCUUCACUGUUCACUCUGACGACGCGGAUUUCAGCCCGGUGGAGGGCUUCUUGAGGGGGGUUUGAAGAGCCUUGAAGGCCUGCUGCGGACCCCUCGGUGCUCCAUCGACAUGGCUACCAACAGGGAGCAGCAGGUGGGUCACUUGACCGGCUUCCCACCUGCUGUCUACCCCUUCCCCUUCAACUCCAUGAGAAGCCACUCCCCCUUUGACCUGCUGGCCAGCAGCAGCCUAUUUGGGCGAUUCGGGGCUGACCUGCCUAAGGAGAUGGCCGCUCUCUCGGUGGAGACCCAGAGCACCAGCUCAGAAGAGAUGGUACCCAGUUCUCCGUCUCCCCCUCCUCCACCUCGGGUCUACAAACCCUGCUUUGUGUGUCAGGACAAGUCCUCAGGGUACCACUACGGGGUCAGUUCCUGCGAGGGCUGCAAGGGUUUCUUCCGUCGCAGUAUCCAAAAGAACAUGGUGUACACCUGUCACCGUGACAAAAACUGCCAGAUUAACAAGGUCACACGCAACCGCUGCCAGUACUGCAGGCUGCAGAAGUGCUUUGAGGUCGGCAUGUCCAAGGAAGCAGUACGUAAUGACAGAAACAAGAAGAAGAAGGACGUGAAGGAGGAAGUGGUGCUACCAGAGAGCUAUGAGCUGAGUGGAGAGCUCGAAGAGCUGGUCAAUAAAGUCAGCAAAGCUCACCAAGAAACAUUUCCCUCGCUUUGCCAGCUGGGAAAAUACACCACCAACUCCAGCUCAGACCACCGCGUUCAGCUAGAUCUGGGUCUCUGGGACAAGUUCAGCGAGCUCUCCACCAAAUGCAUCAUCAAGAUCGUGGAGUUUGCCAAGCGCCUGCCGGGCUUCACCACCCUCACCAUCGCUGACCAAAUCACUCUGCUAAAGUCGGCCUGCCUGGACAUCCUGAUGCUGAGAAUCUGCACACGCUACACCCCCGAACAGGACACUAUGACCUUCUCAGACGGCCUGACUUUGAACCGAACUCAGAUGCACAACGCAGGCUUCGGACCGCUCACAGACCUGGUUUUUGCCUUUGCUGGCCAACUUCUGCCCCUGGAGAUGGAUGACACUGAAACUGGCCUCCUCAGUGCCAUCUGCCUCAUCUGCGGAGAUCGCAUGGAUCUUGAAGAGCCUGAAAAGGUGGAUAAGCUACAAGAGCCUCUUCUGGAGGCUCUUAAGAUCUACGCCCGUCGCCGCCGCCCCAACAAACCCCACAUGUUCCCCCGCAUGCUGAUGAAGAUCACCGACCUCAGAGGAAUCAGCACUAAAGGUGCAGAAAGGGCCAUCACUCUAAAGAUGGAGAUCCCGGGCCCGAUGCCCCCUUUGAUCAGGGAGAUGCUGGAGAACCCGGACGCCUUCGAAGAUCAAACGGAGAGCGACGAGCGCGCGGCGCCCCCGCCGCCACCUCCGCCGCCGCCGCAGCCACCGGCGCUGGUUGUGAAGCAGGAGGCUGAGGACGAGGACGACAGCUGGGGCACGGAAAACUGCAGCGAGCCGUCGCCGGAAGAGGAGGACGAGGACGACGAUGACGACCUGGGAGAGGAGGAGCGAGACAGGGGCUCGGACAGUGACGGGGAGCCCUGGGGGGUGUUGGAGAACCUGGACGGGGCGAGGAAAGGCCUCGUUGGGAGGGCGCAGUGAAGAGAACGUUUCAUGCUCAUACAAGCUCUUGAUACAGACACAUGCAAACACGCACACACACUAACAUAUAAACAUACAACAAAACCUCACUCACUCUUCCCUCUGAAUAUAAAAAACAAAAUAAAAAUGCUGGCCUUUCCUCCCGCCCCCCCUUCUGCUCUCCUUGCUGCACAUCACUGUGUCUUCCUGACUGGAACACAGCAGAGCCUUAAGUGUACAGACGCUUCUAUCUCAGGCCACAUGGUCCAUGACACGGAAACUGCAGAAACAGAAAUUCAAGAAGAGACGGCAGUAAGAGCGCACGAGCUCCUGGCUUAGCCACGAGGGAGGUUAACGUGACAAAAAAAGACAUAACCUCUUUCAGGAGCUGAAUAUGCCACCCCCUCUCCCCCUUCAGCCCUUACGGCCAAAACCAGACCCCCCCCGAACUGAGCAGUUGAAUUCCAGUGGAUUACAACAAGCACAUUAUAGCAAAAGUACAGGGCAAUACCAAAUUGAGUAUGCUAACCUUUUUUUUUUUUUUUUUUUCUAUUAUUAUUUGUUUGUGGUUAUUGCUUUUGAACAUUGGUUUGUGAUUUUUUUUUUUUGUUUGUUAAAAUUACUAAAUAAGUUCAUACAUAUCUAUAUAAUGUUACAUUUUGUCUCUCGUGUUUAUUUUUUUUUCUGGUUUUAUAUAUAUGAGUUCUGUUGGCAAUUUUAUUUUUUUUUCUCUUAGGAGAUUUCCUGGGAAGACGUCCAGAGGGAAAGGAGCAUCGUUACAAUAGGCUGGGUCUUCCUCAUGAUCUGCAGAAGCUUUGCUCUCUCGUCUUUUUCUGUUUUUUUUUUGGAGCACUUGGGCUUGCUGCAGACCUCGACGAUAAUCAUACAGAACUGAUGUUAUGUUUGCAGUGAACCAAUCGGUUUCUGUUAUCAGGGAAUUGGCUUUUUUUGUUUUCGUUUGUUUGCUUCUCCUUUGCUGCCAUUAAAGCCAACAUGUGCAGGAAGUAUCUUUGUGCCAAAGUUAGGGAAAGUCAACCUUUUGAGAAUGAGUCUGACUACAGGCAGGGACUCCAGCUACAAUCGUGCGUUACUCACACUAAAGUGCUCGCUUGUCACGUGCGCUAAGAACACAUCCUCAGCCAUACACACUUUCUUGAGACUUCUCCAAGUAAGAGAUGUGCCUCCGUGGUUUUAGUCAGCCGGGGACGGAGACUUCCACUUGACCGUAUAAGUAGCACUUUGUCAACAACUUGGGCACGUCUAAUCCUUUUAAGAGUAAAGCCUCCAUGCGCGAAGACGUCCAAUUUCAGAUUGCACUGACAACAGCACUCUUCUGCAGGUGGAAGACUUCAAUCCAGCGUAUUUUAGUAUCAGUGAGGUGUUUAUAAAUGAAGUCAGUGGAAGCACAAAACCUGUCCGAAGCUUUUUAAAAGGAUUUUCUAAGGCGUGUCAACUUUUCAUCCUGACUGCUAUGACCAGAGAGGCUUUGGUGUGCAGUCAUACUCUUGCAGUAUUGUUUAUAUUGUGCUCAAAUGCUUCGGGUAGAAAAAAAAGCAGGCUGUGGCAGGUACCCAAAAUUGGUAUUGGUUUCAUAGAAAAAGGAGCCUGAAAAUAUUACAGCCAAAUUGCUCAGAUUUAUUCUUUCGAGCGUUGAACCUUUUACGGGACAUGCUUGAUUUAGAAAUGUUGAAGUUCUCCAAUUAAAGGUUGGUCAGCAUUAUCCAGGGACUACACGCGAAGACGUGAAUUUUACAGUUUGUAGGUCUAUUGUCAACUACUCUAAUGGUGCAGAUUGCUAAUUUUAAGAUGCUAAAGACAGAUUCAAACUUUAACUCCUGCUCAGGAAGGCUACAACGUAAUGUUUCAAACUCUUAAAUGUCACACUACUGGCCAAAAGUUUGGAAAUAACAGCAUGUUUUUACUCAGAACACCUUUUUUUGAAAACAAAAAUAAAUAAAUAAAUAAAUAAAUAAAACUAUGAUUUCUAUGGAUUUUGCAAUUGAUUUACUGCAUGAUCAGACUAUCGAUUAAUACUGUUUUUAUCUGUUUAAACUUUCAAUAUUCAUUGAUAACAGAGCACAAAGAAGAAAGGGCUUAGUUAAAAAAACAAAACUAUUUACAGUUCAAAUAUUGUAUUUAUGUUACGCCGCUGGUAAAGUCAGAAGAGGUUGCUUUGAAGGAGGAAAAGUCUAGGAAAGAAAACCUCAAAUGUCUGACAAUAGGAAUGCAUAAUGAUCAUUGACUUACUGACUGUCUUUGCAGAGUUCUUGCUUCCAAACUUUUGGCCUGCGGUGUAACUCGUGAACAUCAGUCAGAAUCGACUAAAAUCGUUGUAGGCACGUCACCGUAGAUCAGAAAUCGGCCACAGAACUUUGAUCGGGGGCAUCUCCAGUCAGAACUGAUGAGAACAUCAACAUAAGGGGCACACACAUUAGCUCAGACAUAAGCAUUCAUACGUAGUUGCAUCAAAACCACAAAUUAAGGCUAAUGCAGGAUUUUUUCUUUGUUUCGUUUCAUGAAAGAUACUUUCAAUCAGACUCAGGGCUUUUCAGAAAGGACCAAACCCUAGAUGCUCUUAUGGCAUGCUAGAAACAGGCAAUAUUUAUGUGUGUAUUUCUAACUAUGUGUGGAUUCAAAGCCCCAACCCUGUGUGCAAACCUGGAAGGUCUAAAGGAAAAAAAAUAAAUAAAAAGCAUGGAUGCCAGUCAGACUCUCAUCACCUCCCUCACUGGGCAUCUGUGCAGCAAACUGCCUUCUGAUCUCAAAGCCAUUAUCUCAUCUUCUUUUCUAAUGUAUGCUCUCAAUCCUUAUUGAGGGAGAGGAAUGUGCGUUCUCAUGUAUCAACUCUUAAUUGCCAAAACGUCAGAAUGGACGAUCAGCUGGGAGAACAUUGCUGAUGUACAGUACAGAGGUUCUUUUUUUUUUCUUUUUCUUUUUUUGGAUCUCUGUUUAAAGCAAUAUGAACCUUCUUCUAGUAGCAGAGACUUGUCUUCUGAACACGGGCGAGUCUUCUCGUGUGUGUGCGUGCGCGCGUGCGGUUGUGUGUAUGCGAAUGCUUUAACAUGUCUUUGGUCAAUGGGUGAAUGUCCUCAGCAUGGUGCUGCCACACCACAUCUCUUGUGUGACGACCUCAUCCUUUUUUUUUUCUCUGCUGGGCUGUCAAGAUGUUAGUGAUGGUAAUGCUGGCGGAACAUUGAGAUUAUGUCGUUUUUAUGCGUUUUUAUUUUGUCAACAUAGCCACCGUGUUGCCAAUCCUCUGUUUAUUUCAACUUUUUUGUCAUACAAAGAAAAGCCAUAUAAACAGUAAGAGGCACAAUAAACUACUUUUGUGAGAG